GGACCGUUGAUAGCCCGACAUUCAUCUGGGAAGAGUUCACGAGUGGCCAGCCCUUGCUUUUCAGAUCUUCCUAGGACAUCUUGUCGUGGCUUGCUGUGCCUGAAUAGACGCAGGAUAGUCCAAAGUCUCGUCACCAACCCUGAUUAACAUCAUCGCUGGGCUCUUUCAUCUUUCCCUCAACUCCUGAAUAGACCACUACUGUUACCAAGCGUCUCACAUCAGAAAUGUCUAAUGAUCGCACGGCAUGGCGUAAUGUCUUUAUCUACGACGGUUCGACUGGCACCUCUCUAGGUGGCGUGCGUCAAAAUGGUUCAAUAACUGAGGCCGUCUUCCUUUGGAUGCUCACCUACGUCCUGAUACCUUCAAAUCACGCACUGCGUGUUAUAUCACGGACCACUCAGCAACCGCUCUUUCCCACGAACAGUCCCCUUCGGACGGGGGACUACGACGUCUACUCAGCUGCUGGCAAUUUUACGCUGACGGAUGAAGUCCCUGCUUCACGAAUUAUCUCACACAGCGUAAGCGGUCGAGAAGAAUCUUUUCGCGACGAUGUACGUAAACGAGAUCAAGGAUGUGUCUUAUCCGGCACCAAAAACACAAUGGCGUCUUUCGGCCAGUGGCGCGGUUUUGAAGCCGCUCAUAUCUUUCCUCUAGAGAAAGAGCUUCUCUGGAUAAAAGAAGAUUGUCAGCGGUGGAUCACGGAUAUAGAUGACGAACGCGAUACCAAAAUCAACUCGCCCCAGAACGGCCUACUUCUACGAGCUGACAUUCACUCUCUGUUCGACGAUUAUCUUGUCUCUGUAAACCCCGACGAUAACUACCGCAUUACAGCAUUUAAUACCGACUGGGCAGGUCUUGAUGGAAGGAUACUGGACCCCGCGUGCCGCGACCCUGCUCAUCCUCACCGUGCAUGUGAUGAGUUGCUCCGAUGGCACUUCAGACAGGCAGUUCUCGCUAAUAUGAAGGGACCUGGAGAGCCUAUUUUUGAACACGACUUCCCGCCGGGGACUGACAUGGUCGGAGAAAUACGAGAAGGCCCUAAAGCACAGGAACGCUUUGAGCUGGAGCUUGCCUCAAGGUUGUAUGGUCAUACAACAGACUAAAUCCCGUUACGCCUAAAGCCCGUUGCUGCUUAGUAUACAAUUAUUAAUUAGCUUGUAUAGAUACCUAAAUUACUGCCCACAUUGAUUCCUAUCUUAGACAAUGGCCUCCGAUGUCAUAUGGUAGUAUCAGAGUAGUUAUCACGUGAUACAAGCAAAUCGCCACCCUCGAUGUGGCGAUGCCGUGUGGCCAGGCGGGUCGAUGAUAGUUUACCCCGGUUGAGGAGACUUCUCGAUUGUUCGGAACAAAAGAUUAGCGCCAGGGCUCCUAUCUUAUCAAAUAAUUAGAGUAGAUGGC